AUGCAUUCUCAUGGAAAGUUAGUCUGCAAUUCAUAUGAGAGUACAUGCAACGAGAAGCCAUACAAAUGUGAGAUUUGUAACAAGAACUUUUCGCAUAUAGCUAAUCUAGCGCUUCAUAGGAGAUUACACACAGAGGAGAAACCAUACAGCUGUGAGAUUUGUAACAAAGGUUUUUUACAGAAAUAUCGUCUAGAAAGUCACAUGAGAGUACAUACAAAAGAGAAGCCAUAUUGCUGUGAGAUUUGCAACAAGGCCUUCUCAUAUAAAGAAAGUCUAGAGAUUCAUAUGAGAAGACAUAGAAAAGAGGAGACAUACAGCUGUGAAAUUUGCAAUAAGGCCUUUUAUGUGAAAAGUCAUGUAGUAAGGCAUAUGAGAGUGCAUACAAAAGAGAAACCAUACAGGUGUGAGAUUUGCAAUAAAGAAUUCUCAAAAAAAUACAACCUAGUAAUCCACAUGAGAAUACACACAAAAGAGAAGCCAUACAGUUGCAACAUUUGCAAUAAAGCCUUCUCAUCAAAAAGUAGUCAAGCAAACCACAUGAGAGUUCAUACACAGGAGAAACCAUAUAACUGUGAGAUUUGCAAUAAGGCCUUCUAUGUGAAAAGUCAUGUAGUUAGGCAUAUGAAGAUAGUCAGUGGUUUAGUAAAGCACAUGAGAGUACAUACAAAGGAUAAGCCAUAA